AUUUUGUUGUCAACCUGAAUAUGAGCAGAGAUAAAGUUGCAAAAUCUAAUGCAUUGCAUGAAAGCGAACAGCCUCUAGAUCUAUCAAAACCGCACAAUGAUAAAAACAUUAUAAAGCAAUCGCUCAAAAGUUUAAUUCAGACACGUCGACUUGCAGAAGGCAAGGGACUUUUGAACGUUACAUUCACCCACGAAGAGGCGGCUGCUCAUGAGCUUACAAAAGAGGAGCAACUAAGACAGAGCGAAAGAAAGGAGCAAAAUAGAAGAGCUGCACAUAAAUGUAGACAGAAGAAAAAACAUAAGCUAGAAUAUUUGACAGUGGAAAAAGAUAAGUUAAAAAAGAGGAAGAAGUGGUUAGAACAGACUUUAAUUUCACUAGAAAAAGAGAAAGACACAUUGCUACAAACACUGAGGGAAGAUGGAAACAAAGAAACGACUGUGAUAAAAAGCGAACCCAACACUGGUAUUGACGGUAGUAAUUCAUCAAUGAUGGGGAAAUCAUGCAUUUUACAAAACAACAAAUCUCAUAUUUGUUGUGAGUGUGAAAAUCAGUCCCAUGAUCCAAAGAAUUGUAAUAAAAAUUCUCCAUGCCAGUUCAAAGCCAAAGAGAGGCUGUCAUGUGAUAAACAAACACCAAAUCAAACUUCUUUAGAUAAUGAUGAUAGACUUGCCUUUUUCAACUAUUACAUGAAAAUGAAAGGCAAUGAUGAUGAUUGCUCAAAUGAUAAAGAUUCUUUGUUAGACAGUAGUCAGUCUAAUAAAUAUUAUUCUAGUAUUGAUGAAUAUGAUGAUUAUAGUGAUUCCGACAGUAGUGAUAGCGAGGGAUAUUUGGUGAUUUAUGAAAGCGAGUCUGAUUCUGAUAUGUUUAGCAACAGUCAGUCAUCUUAGCAGAUUGUUAUUGCUAGAUUAUUAAAAAGUGCUUUAAAUCAAAUUAUUACUCAUCAGUAAAGUCACUCAAUCAUAAAAAGAUUGAAAAUAGAAUUUGUUAUUUUGAUUUUGUUAGUGUUUAAAGAUUAGUAAAGCCUCAUAGCUCUAAAUAGCUUUAGUGUUGGUACCGCUUGAAAACUCAUGAAGAGGUAUACUACCAUACAAAGCAGAUUUACCACAAGACAUUUUAUGUUCUUCAAGAAAAAGGGAACUAGUUUAAAAUUAUUGAAAACCAGUAUUUUAUAAAACAGGGCAUAUAAACAGAGUUUUAGAUACUAUUGUACAAUGUUGUAUAUACAUAGGAAUAUAAUUCCGUUUUUUGUAUAAAUGUUAUAUUCUAUUUUUUAUUUAUGAUAAAAUUAAGUGGCUUAUAUUUAUUUAAACAGUUACUUGGUUAUAUAAUGUAUGGCACAAUGCAGCUUUAACAGUAAUCUUUAAUGGUGAUGCAUAAUUAAAAAAGCAGCCUCAGAAGGCAACAGCCAAGUAGAUUUGUUUUGUCUUUAUUGCUCAGGAAUCCUGUAUAUUACUUACAAACAAAAAAAUGUCCAGAGUACAUGUGUUUGAAUGAACUUCACAUUUGAAUAAUACUGUUCAUGAAAUUUAAUUUAUGGAUUGUUUUUAUUUAUGGAUUUAGUACUUUCGGUAUCCUGCUUGUUUUAAUUAAUUGUUAACUUUACUUUAUGAAGGGAUGACUAAAUCUUAAUUAUUAUAUAAACUUAAUUAUUAUAUAUGUUAGAUGUACAUGAUGUAAAGGGUGUUUCAAAAGUAACAAAAUAUAGUCAACACAGUAAUGACAUACAUGUACAUGUAUCCCUAUCAUAAAAUUGCCUUUUGUGGUUGAUUGAUUGUAGCUUGCUUUCACAUGCAAAAAGGCUGCAAUGCACAUACAUGUAGGUAUCUUUUGAUAAAAGAAAUACUAUUUGAAAGCAAUAUUGUGUUAAUGAUAUACAUGUAUGAUGAUAUAAAAGGUGGCCUUUGAUGUUGGUUUUGUUUUAUUGUACAAAAACUAGUGCUAAUAAUAAAGUUUGUUAUGAAUUGUACCUUUUAUACUGCAAAAAUAAGGUUUUCUCAUUUAAGAAAAAACGUGUUGAUUAAAUUGCAUGCUGUUUUAUUUUUAUGUGAUAACUGUUUUAUAGGGCACUAUUAUUAUGCUUUUUCAGGUAAUAGAUAGUUCAGAGGUUGAAAAUAGUUUUCUUUUCCAUUUUUGUUUUAUGACUAAAAUCACAAAAAGUUUUGUCUUGGAUCAUCUGGAUUGUGAUCAACAAAUGGUAAAUUUUCUUAUAACAGAUUUUGAAAUUUUGUGGAUAUAUUAUAUUAUUGUAUAAGAAUUACACAAUUUUGAAGGCAAAUAGCCAGAGAGACUAUAUAUAGACAUUGUUUAAAUGUUAAUGAACCUUUCUGAAAGUGAAAGUGAUAGUUCAGCCUUAAUUUAACCUGCUCAAGAAUAAGUAUUGAUAUGUUGUAUAUUUAUAAGUAACACAGGCAGCUUGUUAUGUAUGCUUUGUCAUUUAAAUAUAUUAUUGCAUUAAUUCAUCUAAACGUCACAUGAUAUUAGAGGGAUAUUUUAUUUGAGAAUAUGUAAAUAGCCAUAGGGUGACCUAUAGUUGUUAAUGUCUGUGUCAUUUUGGUCUUUUGUGGAUAGUUGUCUCAUUGGCAAUCAUACCACAUCUUCUUUUUUAUAUUCACGAUUAUUACUAUAUAGAAUCAGACAAUUCAUAAAAGUUGUUUUUAAAAUUUGAUAUAAACAUUAUGGGACCUAUGUGAGAACUAAUCUAAAAUGUAAAUAACUUAAGGUUUUCUAAGAUAGAAUGUACCUCAUUUGAAUUGCCAUUUCAAACACAUCUGAUCAGCUUAAAUUUAUUAAGAUUAUCCUGCUGUUUAUUAAGUUUGCCUCAACAUAGUUGAGGAAAGCAAUGAAGAAUCAUGUGCAAACAUGUUUGUGUCUGCAUCUUCUUCAAAGUCAUGAAAGUCAUAUUUUGAGAACUGCUUUGCAACCAGCAAGAUUUGGUUUUAGGUGCAUUUAAAUAAGUCUUGCAUAUGUUUUAAGGAGAAAGUCAUAUGACCAAUAUUUCAUAUGAUGGUAUGUCUCUCUCACUAUACAUUGAAGGAUCCAUUAUAUUAGUGUAUGAAUGUGUCCUUUACUGUACACCAGCAUUCAGGCAAAUGAGAGGUACUGUAACUUUUUUGUUGUUUAACUUCAUUGAUUUGAUUGAGUUAAAUUUCAAUGUUCUUUUUCAGUCAAUAUACAUGUAUUGAACAUACAUUCUACAUGUAGAAGUAGGAUCAAAUAGUGUAUUAUUAGCUGAAUUUUAAUUUAUGGACAAAAUCUUUGGAUUGUAGUUUAUUAAUUCUUUACCAAUCUUGGUUGAAUGAUGCAAAUGAGACAAUGAUGAUUUCUAUGGAAAAUCAGCAGUGGCGGAUCCAGAAUUUUUCAUAAGUGACCACUCCAGGCAUGCUUCAAUGAUUCCCUAUAUAAUCAACCAAAUUAUUACCUCAAAAAGGGGGGGGGGGCUGAAAACCCCUUUAAAUCUGCCUCUGAUUAGGUGAAAAUUUCAAGGUCACAGUCACUUUUGACAGAGUGAAACUUAAUUUGAUGAUGCCCCUUAAAAACAAAUUAAAACAAGAAUGUGUCCAAAGUACACGGAUGCCUCACUCCAGGGUUUCCGCUGGCGGUCGCCAUUUUUGCAAAUUGCGAAAAAAUUAUAAUUGUGGCGAUUAAAAUUCGUCAUUGGCGAAAGAAAUAUAUAACGAUUUAUUUUCAGCCAUCUUGUUUAUCUACUUUUUUUCGGGUUUCUCUGACUUUACCGAUCAGACAAUACUCGGAAUUCACCUUGAACUUGUUAAGAUUUUGACAGAAAAUCAAUAAUCAGCUGAUUGCAUUUAUAGCUAUCGACAUCAAAGGACUAAUUAAUAAAGGUGUUGAUUGUAUGAUAUGACAAAACGAUAUUGUUAAAUGGCUUCUGUCACAUGUCACAAAAGGGAUUUAUUAACCACAUUGCGACGCACGUGUUUGAAGCAAAAUUUUUACGCUUCCUCUCCUUCUUUUAAUGAUAGUCUAGCAAAGAAAAUUGUUGUUAUGACGAAAAAUGUUCAAAAGCAAGAAAGGUCUCUGAUUUAAAACUCUUAUCAUUUAACUUUCAUAUAGGUCAUUGAUUUGAAUUGGAACUUCAAAGUCGUUUCAGUAACACACGUGUUUCAAGCAUUUUUUUUAACUUAUUUACGAUGCCGGUCUAGAGAAGAAAACUGUCGUUAUGAAGAAAUCUAUUCAAAAGGUUGGCAUGAGAGUAACCCUUCAAUGUAAUGACUACACCUUACACGAGCGAUCAAUUCCUAGUGAUGAGAUUCUUCGUUUUGUUGUAAAAAACACUUCCUAUUUAGGGGGGGGGGGGGGCUGGAAAAAAGGAAAAUGUGAAAAAAAAAUAUAUUUGUGUUUCUUUGCGAAAAAAAAAUAAUAAAGUGGCGAAAAAUAUAUUGUUUUGGCGAAAGAGGUGGCGAAAAAAAUAAUUGACCCAGGGGAAACCCUGCCUCACUCGCACUAUUAUUUUACAUGUUCAGUGGACCGUGAAAUUGGGUAAAAAAUCUAAUUUGGCAUUAAAUUAGAAAGAUCACACCAUAGGGAACAUGUGUACUAAGUUUCAAGUUGAUUGGACUUCAACUUCAUCAAAAACUACCUUGACCAAAAACUUUAACCUGAAACUCACACUUUCAUUUUCUAUGUUCAGUGGACCGUGAAAUUGGGGUAAAAAAUUUAACUUGACUGUAAAUUUAGAAAGGUCAUAUCAUAAGGAACAUGUGUACUAAGUAUCAAGUUGAUUGGACUUCAGCUUCAUCAAAAACUACCUUGACCAAAACUUUAACCUGAAACUCACACUUUCAUUUUCUAUGUUUAUUGGACCGUGAAUGUGGGGUCAAAAGUUUAAUUUGGCUGUAAAAUAAGAAAUAUCAUAUCAAAAGGAACAUGUAUACUAAGUUUCAAGUUGAUUGGACUUCAGCUUCAUCAAAAACUACCUUGACCAAAAACUUUAACCUGAAGUGGGACAGACGGAGGAAUGAACGAAUGAACGGACGGACGGACAAUCGGACACACAGCCCAGAAAACAUAAUGCCCCUAUUAUUGUAGGUGGGGCAUAAAAAUCCUGUAUAGAUUUUGAGGUUGCUAGGCAGAGGUCAAAGGUCACAGCAGCAAUUCUUAAACAGAAUUUUUGGGGAAAAUUUUGGUUUUCUGCAGGAUGUCCUUUGAACCAUAUGUCCAACCUUCACCUAACUCGGCUGAAAAACACUUUGAACAAGCUUGAUUUGUCAUUAAAUCAAAGGUUAAGGUCACAGUACUAACUUACAAAUAGACUGAUUUUUUUGGUACACAACAAAACCUGAUGAGCCUUAACUUAGAUCUUUACCUAUCUGCAGUGACUUAUACACCUAAGUGGAAAAAAAACAAAUACUUGUCAGGUAUAUAGGUCAAGGGUCAAGGUUACAGCAGUGUACAUCACAACUUUGCUUCUGCACUUGUGGUGCUUUUGUAAUUUUUUGCUUUUCUAACAUUGAUUUAUUUAAUCAAAUGGUGCAGAAUGAGAUGCACUUUGUAAUCAUAAAUAACCUAUGUUUAUAUUAUGGCUUUUAUGCAUGAAUUGCAUUAACAUGAAUAUAAAGUGCAAAAUAAAGAGUAUUAUAUACAUGUC